AUGUCCGUCCCGGAAGGUCUCCCACCUAUGGAGUAUCGAUUUUUAGGCCGCUCUGGUCUCAAGGUUUCCGCUUUGUCUCUUGGAGGAUGGCUCACUUAUGGUGGACAUGUGGAAGAAGAAAACACCUUUGCUUGCAUGAAAGCCGCCUACGAUAUUGGUGUCAAUUUCUUCGACUGCGCUGAGACAUACUCUGCCGGAGAAUCUGAAAGAGUGAUGGGCCGAGCCAUUAACAAGUUCGGAUGGAAAAGAAAUGACUUGGUAAUUUCCACAAAGAUCUAUUGGGGCUCUGCAUUUGGUGACAACCCAGUAAACAAUGUUGGACUUUCCAGGAAACACAUAGUCGAAGGCACAAAUGCUGCGCUAGAACGUCUAGGCCUAAGCUAUGUAGACCUGAUUUACGCGCAUCGAGCUGAUCGGGACACUCCAAUGGAAGAAACUGUGCGUGCAUUCAACCAUAUUAUCGAAACUGGUAAGGCCUUUUACUGGGGGACCUCAGAGUGGGAUGCCGAUGAGAUUUCCCAUGCCUGGAGGGUAGCGGAUCGACUAGGCCUAGUAGGUCCAGUGAUGGAGCAGCCACACUACAACAUGUUGGUGAGGAACAAAGUCGAGAAAGAGUACGAACAUCUCUAUGAAUCGACCGGACUAGGCCUGACUACCUUCUCCCCACUCAAACUCGGUAUUCUUACAGGAAAGUACAACGACGGUGUACCCAAGGAUUCGAGACUUGGAGCCAGCACCGACAAAUUUGUUGAAGGUUUCAACAAGAACGUUGGAGACGAGAAAUGGCAGAAGGAAAUCGAAAUCGUCAAGAACCUAAAGCCGAUUGCGGACAAACUUGAGGUUACGCAAGCUGCUCUUGCUUUGGCUUGGGUUUUGAGAAAUAAGAAUGUCUCUUCUGCUAUUACUGGAGCCAGCCGUCCAGAACAGGUCUACGAGAGCGCGAAGGCUUUUGCGGUGGUUAAGAAACUCACGCCCGAGAUUUUAGACGAAAUUGAUGUAGUUUUGGGCAACAAGCCUCCUGUACUAGUCAGAAGAUAUUAG